AGCGGAGCCGCCGGCCCGCGCCCUCCGUUCUCGGCCUCCCGGACCCGGCGUCGCGCCGCUGGGAGCCGCCUUCACCGACGCGGGGCACCUGGACGCUCGCGAGAUGCCCAACCCCAAAAACAGUAAAGGCGGCCGCAAAAACAAGCGCGCCAACAGCAGCGGGGACGAGCAGGAAAAUGGAGCCGGGGCCCUGGCAGUGGCGGGCGCGGCGGGCGCGGCGGCCGGGGGGGCCCUGGCGGCGGCGGCCAGCUGCGGAGCGGCGGCGGCGGGCGCACCCGGCACCGGGGGCGCGGCGGGCGCGGGAGGCGCGGGGCCGGGCGCCGCCAACGCCGCGGCCGCCGCGGGGGCUGCAGCCGCGGGCGACGCCAAGAACGAAGCCCCUUGUGCGACGCCCCUGCUCUGCAGCUUCGGGAGGCCGGUGGACCUGGAGAAGGACGACUCCCAGAAGGUGGUGUGCAACAACGAGCAGUGCCCGCACAGCUGCUGGAUGCACCUGCAGUGCUUCUACGAGUGGGAGAGCAGCAUCCUGGUCCAGUUCAACUGCAUCGGCCGCGCGCGCAGCUGGAACGAGAAGCAGUGCCGCCAGAACAUGUGGACCAAGAAGGGCUACGACCUGGCCUUCCGCUUCUGCUCCUGCCGCUGCGGCCAGGGCCACCUGAAGAAGGACACGGACUGGUACCCGGUGAAGCGGAUGCAAGACGAGAAGAAGAAGAAGUCGGGGUCGGAGAAGAACAGCGGGAGGCCCCCCGGCGAGGCGGUGGAGGAGGCCAAGAAGUGCCGGCCGCCCUCCAAGCCCCAGAAAGGCCCGAGCCACGACCUGCCCCGCCGGCACUCCAUGGACCGGCAGAACUCGCAGGAGAAGGGCGGCGCCGGGGCCGGCGCGGCAGCCUACGGGGCGCGCUCGCCCUGCGGCUCCCCGGGCCAGUCCCCGCCCACCGGCUACUCCAUCCUCUCCCCCGCCCACUUCAGCGGCCCCCGCUCCUCCAGGUACCUCGGGGAGUUCCUCAAGAACGCCAUCCACCUGGAGCCUCACAAAAAGGCCCUGGCCGGGGGCCACGUGUUCCGAAACGCCCACUUUGACUAUAGUCCGGUGGGGUUGUCCGUUCAUAGGGGGGGCCACUUCGAUGCGCCAGUGCAGUUCCUCCGGCGCCUGGACCUGUCCGAGCUCCUGACUCACAUCCCCCGGCACAAGCUGAACACUUUCCACGUGCGGAUGGAGGACGAUGCCCAGAUGGGCCAGGGCGAGGACCUGCGCAAGUUCAUCCUGGCAGCCCUGAGCGCCAGCCACAGGAACGUGGUGAACUGCGCCCUGUGCCACCGGGCGCUCCCGGUGUUCGAGCAGUUCCCGCUGGUGGACGGAACUCUGUUCUUAAGCCCCUCGAGACACGAUGAGAUCGAAUACGAUGUUCCCUGUCACCUUCAAGGGAGGCUCAUGCACCUGUAUGCGGUGUGCGUGGACUGCCUGGAGGGUGUGCACAAGAUCAUCUGCAUCAAGUGUAAGUCGCGCUGGGAUGGCAGCUGGCACCAGCUGGGCACCAUGUACACCUACGACAUCCUGGCCGCCUCGCCGUGCUGCCAGGCCCGCCUGAACUGCAAGCACUGCGGGAAGCCGGUGAUCGACGUGCGGAUUGGCAUGCAGUACUUCUCCGAGUACAGCAACGUCCAGCAGUGUCCACACUGUGGCAACCUGGACUACCAUUUCGUGAAGCCAUUUUCCUCCUUCAAAGUUCUUGAAGCUUAUUGAUGAAAGCUUUGCUUUAGUAAUAGCUAUUUUAUUGGUAUUACUUUGUUACAUAUCUUUUCUAGGGAAGCCUUCUGUGACAUUCGUUUCUUUUCUAAUUGAAAGGAGAGUUCCUUUGUGUACGUGCCACUUCCAGGGCGCCUGCCCCUUGCCCUCUCUUGACUCCCACGUGUUAGUCUGUGGCCAUGACCAGAGCCCAGCCAGGUACUCCUGUGAGCUUGGGGGAGUGGUUCACUAAGAGUCUCUCAGGCAGCUUUUAGGGUGGUGGGGAGGAUGGGGUGACUUUAGGAAAGGGAUCACAUGGUCAUAAACUGAGAGCAUAGAAGGAGCUGGGAAGAAACUUACUAAGGUAUUAACUGUCUAAAGAUCCGCUUUUAGGUCUUCUCUGGGCCUUGGGAAAAACAUGCGACAAGUGAAUGUAAGCUAUGCCAGGAGAGCUGCUGAUGUGCUCGUCCGCGUUAGUCUGGCGCCCUGCAGCACACCCUGCCCUGCGGCUUCCGCCACUGACAGGUCACCGGGAAGGACCGGAGUCCUGGUUCUGUCCCUGUGGUGUUCUAGCAGCCAGUUUUCAUACUGAAAAUGAUAUCCGAAUUAAAAGGCACAUGAAAACAAUGGGUGUUGCACAUACUUUUAGGUAAAACUGACGCGUAACAAAGAGAAUAUGCUCGAAGAAUUUGGAAAUGAUGCACACUGACUCCGAGGGCGCAAGGGCAGAGCCCAGUCAUUUGAAUUGUGUCUUUGAGGUUGGUCAAACAAGCUUGUAAGGAGAAUUCCAUGAAUAACAUGAUUUGGGCGGUACUGAUUUAUAUAGGUUCACACUGUCAAAGUGUCAUUUGAUGUCAGAUCCUUCUCACAGGUAAAUCUCACAGCCACAGACCCUAACUGGUGAGUUUCACAAGCAAUCAUUGCCACACUUACCUUCCCCCCAAACUGCUUAUGGCUGCAUUUUACUCUGUUAGUGCUGAGUUUCCAAAAUCAAAGAUUUGACCUUCAGAAGGAAUGGAAAAAAAUUAUUUGUGAAGCUUUGAGGAAAAGAAUAAUUUUAGUAUUUCUUUUUAAAGUGUUUCAUUUUGGAAGAUCACCAAUAAUAAUGCAUAACAAUAUGUUUGAGAAUAGAUUAUUCUGAAGAUCUCCAUGAUACCUUACCACUGGUGAAAAAGAUGGUAAUUUAUAGAACUUUGUUAGUCAGAGCAUUGAGCUUUCUAAAAUACAGCCUCUGUUUAUUAGAGUUUCCUGAUUUAAAUAGACUGACACCCCAUAUCUUUAUAAAACUGGAAUUGGAAUAUGAUUUCUCAAAAAAUGAAUUUGGUAAUUUCAACUAUAAUACACAUAUGUGUUAUAAGGAUGCUGAGAAUAUCCUUUUAUGGGUAACUAAAUUUGGGGUUAUGUGGAUAUUUUCUGUUAUUUAGUUUAUAUCAUUUACCCCCCUCACCCUCCAGAAAAAAACAGUUGUUUUUCCUCUCAGAAGUGUUUAAGCAUCAGUGCAAGUGAGUUUCAGCUCUGCUACGUGGAAUGUUUGAUGUUUUGUUUGAAGGAACACAGCUGACUGUGAGAGUUUGACUAAUACUCUUUGUCUUUGGUUUGGAUGAUGAUAACUUGGCUGACCACAUCUAGUUUGAUGUUUGAUGAUCUGAAGAAUAUUUCACAGUGGGGGGAGAUGCUCAACGCUCAUAUGACACAGCAAGUUGUUAUUGGUCUGACAGUGUUUGAUGCAAGGAAACGAGGUCUAUAGGACAUAGCUCUUGCAAAUCUGUCUUUGAUAUACAAAACUGUAACUGAAUCAGCUGUUUCCUUAUUGAUUCUCUGUCAUGUACCAGGUAUAAAAAAAUUGAGGAGUUUUUCUUUUCAGAGUACCAUUGGAUUUUAUUUCUGAAUUUCAAAUGAGUAGUAAAAUAUUUGUAAUGCUGUUCUUUAACCCACCUAAAUUUCUAAAGAGAAACCUGCUUGUAUUGUUGUUCUGAAGCUUAAAAGCUUACAUGUAGAUCACCUACAUGCCCCUCAGCCUAAAACUAGUGCAAGCGCAGAUGUGUUCAACAUUUUCCCCUAACAUUGUUGUCUACUCUUGGAGAAAUAAGUAUGAGGAGGUUUCACUAUAACUGAGUAAAAUUUGCUUGUGGCCUUUAUUUUGAUGGUUCUGUUAGGAUUCUGUGGGUGCUAAAUUGAUAACGCCUUUACGGCAUUGCAUUCUUGACUAAAAUGGAAAAUUUGGCAGAUUUGAGAAUAAAAUAUAAUUGAGUAUGCAACCAUGUGAAGAAUAAAUUUUAUUUUGGAAUCUGCUGACCUUAAUAUUUUCAUCGUACUUUCUAGAAGUACUUUGCUCUGAGUACCUUGAUAAGAAUUGGAAUGUACCAAAAAAGAUCAUUAUUUUGGUUGAGGUUCAGAUGUUAAAGGAUAUUAGUCACCCAAGAGGUCCAUUUUCUGUUUUUCUGAUAGUGUUCAAUGACAUGAACCCACUUAUAGGUAAUUUUUAUCUACUUUAACUUGUUUUAUCAUUUAUUUUUAAGAGUUAAACCUUGAACAAAUAAAAUUACCUGCUUUAGUUUAGUGGGAUGACUAUUUCUGAUCGUAUCGUCAUCUUCUCUUCAGGCUAGCUCAGUUCUCUUCACUCUCUUCUGUUUUCUGGUUGCAUUUGAAGCAAUUGAUACACCUAUGGCCAUGAAGUUAGGGAGUGGGCUGAAUUAUCCCAUUGUAAUUAAGAAAGAGCUUUUUCCAAACAGUCUUUAAUUUCCAGUUUUUGUAAAAGAAGUGUAUUCAUUUUGGGAAUAAAAAUUAUUUUCAUAUCUGCCUGGGGGGAGAUGAACUCCUCAGGAAAGACUAUCCCUAGGUGUUUAAAUCCUAAAACUAACAGAAGAACUUUGAAUGUAACUUGUUAGAUCACCCAGACUAACUUGCCGAAAUCUUUCUUUUUGUCCUGUAAGAUCAGCGCUUAACACACGGUCUGCUCCUGUAUCCGGGUCAGGCACUCCAGUUUGCUCUUCUCUUUGGUCUCAUGGUGGCAGCUGUUGGGUCAUUGUUGGGGAGGAGGUGAGGAGAAGGUGCUCUUGUUCAGUGUUUCGGUUCCUGUAAAAGGAUGCUGCCUAACCCAACUCAUCUCUGUGUCCUGCCGACUUUAUUAUUAUUCCAGGUCAUUGAAAGAAAACAUAAUGGAUGGGCGUCAUUAACACCAGCUCAAAAAUACGUUCUUGUCAGUAAAGAUUUCUUGUCAAGAUGUCUUGGAUUGCACUUUUGUUGAGAGGAGACUGUGUAAAUAGUUAAAGAAUGUUGAUAAAACUGAAACAUUUGGAAUUGUGUGGUGUUAGAAGGUUUCUGUUUGUGAAAUGUAUGUAUUAAAAAUAAUAAAAUUUCAGAAACUAAUAUUGUAUUCUC